UCUCAUUGCAAUGAGACAUUGAGAUAUAUGCAGAAAUUUACGCCCAACCUGAGUGUAAUUUGUCUCACAAUUACAAUAAACCAUUAUCUGUUUUAUUUGUUUUUAUAUUUAUAAGAGAGUGAGAGUAUCUAAUCAUUCCCAAAUGCCUUUAAAUUGCUCAACCCUUGGUUUCAGAGUCCCCCAUCUCCUGCCACAAACCAACUACAUAGCUUCCACUACCUACGUAGGAAGCUGCUUCCCUGCGCAUAGGACAAAAACCCACCCACACAACUUCCACAUUGUUUCUCAGUUGAAGUCUAACCAAAACUUCUCUUCUUCUUCUUCUUCCUCAGUAAUGGAAGAGCAGAGAGAGCUUGUUGUUUCACCAGCUCAAGCACAAGAAGCAUAUGCCAAGGAAUUGGAUGUCGCUAUCAGGGCUGUUCAAAUGGCCUCUUCUCUCUCUCUCAAUCUUCAACACACUUCACUUCACUCCGAACAUGACAACUCUCUUCUCACUCUGCCAGAUUGGAGCGUCCAUGCAGCGGUAAGCUGGAUACUUUCUGAAUCCUUCGGCUGCCAAAAUGUGUCUAUUCUUGGCAACAAAGAUGUUCAAAGCCUCUCUAAAGCUGAUGCAGCUGGCCUGUUAGAUGCUGUGGUGAAAACAGUCAAUGGUUGUCUAGCUGAGGCACCUCAUUUUGGGCUUAAGGGUCCCGAAACGCCACUCGGGAGUGUGGAUGUACUCGAAGCUAUUAGUCGCUGCAAUUCAUCCGGAGGUCCUACUGGAAGAUUUUGGGCACUUGGCCACCUUGAUGGUACAUUCGGGUUUGUACGUGAUGAUCAAUAUGCUGUUGCUUUAGCAUUGAUAGAGGAUGGGGAAGUUGUUCUUGGUGUUCUUGGUUGCCCAAAUUAUCCAAUGAAGAAGGAAUGGCUAACGUAUCAUCACCGCUAUCACCGGAUCCUAUCUAAACUCAUCCCACCAACAUCCAAAUCGUGGGAUAAAGGUUGUGUAAUUCAUGCAAGCAAAGGCAGUGGUGAGGCUUGGAUACAACCUAUACACCAGGAGAAUAAGCUAGUACCAUGGGCGAACUCUGCAAUACGGGUUCAAGUAUCCUCGAUCGAUAAUCCGGCAUUGGCUACAUUUUGUGAACCAAUUGACAAGUUAAAUUCAACCCAUUCCUUCACAGCAGGAUUAGCUCACAGUGUUGGCCUUAGGAAGCAACCGCUGCGUGUGUACAGCAUGGUGAAAUAUGCGGCCAUAGCUCGAGGGGAUGCCGAAAUAUUUAUGAAGUUCGCAAGGACAGGGAGCAAGGAGAAGAUAUGGGAUCAUGCAGCUGGUGUUAUUAUCAUACAGGAAGCUGGUGGUGUUGUAACAGAUGCAGGGGGAUCUCCGCUAGACUUUUCGAAAGGUAUGUUCUUAGAAGGUGUGGAUCGAGGUAUAAUCGCUUGUGCCGGAGCUAAACUACAUGAAGAAAUCAUCACUGGCAUUGAUGCUAGCUGGAACUCCUCCAAUCUAUGACCAAUUUGACAUUGCAUAUAAAUGUUAAGUUAUGAAAUGUUAAGUUAUGAGAUUGCAUCACCCAAUAAGUUUGGUUUUUAUCUUAAGUUGUAAUAAUAACUCUGUACAGAAAGGGCUGUUCAUAUGGUGGCUUUUAGUAAGUGCCAUUGUAAGUUGGAGAUUCAAGUCUUCAUAUUUUGUAUUAUAAAAAAGUAAAGGUUGUUUUCCAA